AUGAUCAGAAACAUGCUGUGUGAUUUGAUUGCUCUCAAAUAUAUUGAGAUUUGCUGGAACAAAAUAAGUCAGGUUAAUUUUUGUAAAUAUACCAUGCAUGCUUAAAAUGAAUGUAUCUACAUUUGUUCCUGAGAUACAGGUUGAUGGACGGAUGGCUACAUGAAUGUGAUGGAGAUGGUUUACUAUCGGGACCUUCCGCAUCCUGCUGAUGUUUUGUUGCUUAGGAUAUGAAUGGCUGAGCGGAGGCUGUAAAACCUGGCACUCUGCUUGGGUAUGAGGUUCUUCCUGCCAUCCUGCCAUCAUUUGUUUUUUAUGUUUUGUCGCCAAAAGUGACCUUGAGGAACCCUGGGAGCUCAGGAAGGAAGGAGCGCCCAGAAGCAGGGACAGGGAGCUGGUUGGGGAGGACCAGAAAUCAGGGCGCCCUGAAAGGACCAGGACAUGCGGGUGCAGUGGAUGCUCUUUUGGCUCCUCUUUGGGCUCCUGCUGGAAUUUAUCAGCCAUCAGUGCAUCUCUGUUAUCAAUACUCUGGCUGACCAUCAUCAUCGUGGGACUGACUUUGGUGGAAGUCCUUGGUUAGGUAUCAUUAUUGAAUUUCUGAGAAGUUAUAAAGUUGUCAUUACCCUCUGGACAGUUUACCUUUGGGUGUCUUUCCUGAAGACUAUCUUCCAGUCUGAAAAUGGACAUGAUGGAUCCACAGAUGUACAGCAGAGAGCCAGGAGGUCCAACCGCCGUAGACAGGAAGGAAAUAAAAUUGGCCGGAAAGACGUCAUUACUCUACGGAGACAUGUGAAAACCAAAGUUCGAGCUAAAAUCCAUAAGAUGAAGGUGACAACAAAAGUCAACCAUCAUGACAAAAUCAAUGGAAAGAGGAAGACCGCCAAAAAACAGAAAAUGUUUCAACGUGCGCAAGCGUUGCGGCGGCGGGCAGAGGACUACCACAAAUGCAAAAUCCCCCCUUCUGCAAGAAAGCCUCUUUGCAACUGGGUCAGAAUGGCGGCAGCGGAGCAUCGUCAUUCUUCAGGAUUGCCCCACUGGCCCUACCUCACAGCUGAAACUUUAAAAAACAGGAUGGGCCACCAGCCACCUCCUCCAACUCAACAACGUUCUAUAAUGGAUAACUCCCUGAGCCUCAAGACACCUCCCGAGUGUCCGCUCCAUCCCCUUCCACCCUCAGCGGAUGAUAAUCUCAAGACGCCUCCCGAGUGUCUCCUCACUCCUCUUCCACCCUCAGCUCCACCCUCAGCUCCACCCUCAGCUCCACCCUCAGCGGAUGAUAAUCUCAAGACACCUCCCGAGUGUCUGACCACUCCCCUUCCACCCUCACCUCCACCCUCAGCUCCACCCUCAGCUCCACCCUCAGCGGAUGAUAAUCUCAAGACACCUGCCAAGUGUGUGCUGUAUCCCCUUCCACCCUCAGCGGAUGAUAAUCUCAAGACACCUCCCGAGUGUCUGACCACUCCACUUCCACCCUCACCUCCACCCUCAGCUCCACCCUCACCUCCACCCUCACCUCCACCCUCACCUCCACCCUCAGCUCCACCCUCACCUCCACCCUCACCUCCACCCUCACCUCCACCCUCAGCUCCACCCUCACCUCCACCCUCAGCUCCACCCUCACCUCCACCCUCACCUCCACCCUCAGCUCCACCCUCACCUCCACCCUCAGCUCCACCCUCACCUCCACCCUCAGCUCCACCCUCAGCUCCACCCUCACCUCCACCCUCAGCUCCACCCUCACCUCCACCCUCAGCUCCACCCUCACCUCCACCCUCAGCGGAUGAUAAUCUCAAGACACCUCCCUUAGCUACUCAGGAGGCUGAGGCAGAAAAACCACCCAAACCCAAGAGGCCGAGGGCCGCUGAUGUGGAAACAUCAUCACCGGAACCCAAGAGGCGGAGGGUCGGUGACGUGGAACCAUCAUCACGCAAACCCAAGAGGCAGAGGGCCGGUGACGUGGACCCAUCAUCACGCAAACCCAAGAGGCGGAGGGCCGAUGACGUGGACCCAUCAUCAUCCAAACCCAAGAGGCGGAGGGCCGAUGACGUGGACCCAUCAUCACGCAAACCCAAGAGGCGGAGGGCCGAUGACGUGGACCCAUCAUCAUCCAAACCCAAGAGGCGGAGGGCUGAUGACGUGGAACCAUCAUCACGCAAACCCAAGAGGCGGAGGUUGAGUUAGCUGAGAACAGGCCAUUGCACUCAAGCCUGAGCAAUAAGAAUAAAAUUGAGUAGAACAAAAUAAAAAAAUCAAAAAACAAAACAAAACCCACACUCCAAAAACAAACUAACAAAGAAUAAAUAAAUAAUAUAAAAAUAAAAUAAA